AUGAUUGAGGAAACAUUUACCGUCAACAACCAACUCUCUUCCGUUGAUUAUCUUCAAUCGGCCACUCUUUCAUUUGACCUCGUUGAAGAAAUCCUUUGUAGGUUAUCCGUGAAACUCCUCCUUCAAUUUCGAUGUGUUUGUAAGUCGUGGAAUUCUCUAAUAUGUAAUCCUAAAUUCGCCAAAAAACACCUUAACAUGUCAACCACGCGCCGCCUCCACUUUUUAAGCUACUCUAAUCCUUUACACAAGUACAUUAUUACUUCUUGCCCACUCCAUUGUGUUUCCACCACUGUGUCCAAUAAGGACGUCACACAGCUCGAGUAUCCUUCAAACAAUCAUAGUUGUGCACAUCAUGAAAUCGUUGCCUCUUACAAUGGUAUUCUUUGUCUUGCCCAAGUGUACUCUUAUGUGUACUAUGUUCUAUUGUGGAAUCCUUCCAUUAGAAAAGUCAAGGAAUUGCCCCGUCUUGAAGAACCACGUUAUAUGUCUCAAUGGACAUUUGGCUUCGGAUAUGAUUUUGUUACGAAUAAUUAUAAAGUGGUUGCUGUUUUAUCAUACUAUGUGCAUGAUAGUGUUGGUGAUUCUGUUGGCAAAACUGUAGUGAAGGUUAAUACUCUGGGUACCAAUUUUUGGAAAAAUAUACAAGAGUUCCCUUUUGAUAGUACGCCCGAAAUGGAUUCAGGAAUAUUUGUCAGUGGCACGAUUAAUUGGUUGACUUCUAAACCUUGGGGGGAAAAAUCAUGUUUUGUUGUAUCUCUUGAUUUGGGAAAGGAGUCUUAUCAAAAGGUUUUGCUGCCUGAUCAUCGAGAGGAAGAUGUGACUAUCUCGUACUUGAGUGUGCUGAGGGAUUGCUUGUGCAUGAUGUAUGGUCAUGAUAUUUGGAUUAUGAAAGAAUAUGGAAAUAAAGAAUCUUGGACUAAAUUGUUCAGUGUUUUAUACAUGCAAGAUCAUCCUAGUGAGUCAUAUUAUUUGACCAAGGCAUUCUAUAUGUUUGAGGAUGACCAAGUGUUGCUUCAAUAUUUUGGAGAUUUGGGUUUGAAGUUGAUUGUUUAUGAUCCAAGGAUUGGUACUUUUAAGUUUAUUAAGUUUGAAAACAAGAGUAUUUAUAAUAUGAUAUCUCCCUGCACAGAAUUUUGCAUUGAGAGUUUGAUAUCACCUUGCUCUUAA